UACAAUUAUCCUUCUAACCUUUUUUCAAGGACAUUGUCAUUAUUGCAUGGCACGUCCCGUUACCAAGUAACCAAAUACACAGUUUUGUCAAUUUCCCCGUGGGAGUGUGUCGUCGAAUUUUGGAUAGAGUUUAUUUUUGAAAUUAUUUAGUUCUUCAUUUGUAACAAUGGGUGAAGCGCAGUUUGGGGUGCGCCACGUAAUCGGGGCUCCCGUAGCCAUCACCAGGCUGUCGGAGCAGGCUAUAGUAUGCAUGCCGCCCAGAACAGCCAAGUUCACUCUCGCCGAAUGGAAGUUAAGCAACGACCAACGAUGCAGGAACACAGAAGAUCAACAGCAGCUUGCAGACAGAGUCCUCGGCGAGUCUGGCCGAGUGCGAGACGAGACAGCAGAACGCGCAGAAAUUAUGAAAGCCACCACCGACAGGCGUAUUGAGGAACGCAUUGGAGACAUCGAGUUCAACAAAAAUGAGCUGCAAAUACAACGUAAGGAAAUAUGCUUGGAAUUAGAAGCUCUGUCCAUGUAUAAAACUCGUCUCCUAGAUUGCCUUGCAUCCUUACAAGCAAACGCUUUAACCAUAUGCCGCAAAUGUCUUAUGCUUAGAGACGGGCGUAUUGGCAUCGAUUUGGUUGUCGAUGAAGUGGAAUCUGCCCUACAGCAAGAGAUCACAACCAUACUUGGCGGACAGAGCCUUUUAAGGCGAGUGUUGGAGCAAUUGAACGAGCAAAUGCGUCGCCUACGUUCUACUCGAUACCUUCUCGAUCGCGACUUGCAAUACAAACAAGCAGCUAUUGACUUGGACAAAACCAAUCUAUCCCUCAAACCUACUGAUUUAUGUCUCUCCGUCUAUGAAGGUUAUGCUAACCUCGAUCCUGCCAACAUAUCUGCCGACGAGUAUAACGCUUAUUCGGCUAAAAAUAUACAAAUGGCAGCAAGAGAGGUGACAAGCGCUCGUCCUAUCAGAAUGUUCGUGGACACAAUUCUCAAACAAGUUAUUGACGACUUGUGGAACGCUUACAAGAAAUGCAACCAUGCAUUCCACGAGCGAAUUGAAGACACUAAGCGAGCGAAAGCGAAGCUUGAAGACAUGCAUAGAGAGACGACUCAGAAGAUUAGCGAUAUGCAGAAUAAUAUCUUGCAGCUACAAAAAGCUUUAGCUGAUAAAGAAGGUCAUACUGCAUUAGCGCAUACGAGGCUUGGUAAGCGAGCUCAAAGAGUGGGUGCUGAACUGGUUAGGGACCCUCCGGGGCAGGCUUUGUACUACGAAUGUGAGAUGUUACGUCACAGCACGGAACAGCUACAACAGAUGCUGCAUGAGGCAACCUCAUCCUUGCGAUACUUGCUGCAGACGCAAAUCCAGUUGGAAGAGGAUAUUAACGUAAAGAUGAACACUCUGAAGAUUGAUGAGGUGGACUGCAUGACCCUGCGAGAGACUAUGGACUAUCACUCGUACUAGAACUUCAUGGAAUAGUGCAGCUGCGAAUAUGAUAACUUGAUUCUAUCAUGAUCAUCUAUAAUGACAUAAUAAUCCAGAAGUGUUCACGUAGUUUAAUAUUGAUCAAAUAAUUUCUUCCGUAUCAUUAAAUGUUGUGUUAGGGUCGUGAAAGAGCUUCCGUUUAUAGAUUAAUGUUUUACUUUAAAUAAAUUGUAUUGUAGGUUUGUAGUGAGCGCUUGUGUGAGUGUAUCACCCCACGCAUUUGUGUUAGGGUGAAACUUUUUAAUUAACAUGUUUAGUUAUUUUCACUUCAUAAUGUUCAUGUUUGGAAUUUCAUUUUGCUAGUUUUAUGAUUGUAGUUCUGUAGUGUAGAUGCUAUUUCUGUAUUGUUUUGAAUAAAUUGAUAGUGCU